AUGAGUCGCGGCAUCGUUCAGGUCUUCGAGGAGUACCAAAAGGCGCGCGUCCAAUUCGUCCAAACUGUCGCCGACCUGUCUUCUCGUCCGCAGAACAUCGAGACUCUCCACAGCGCAGUCGGACAAGCGUGCCACGAAGUCGGAAGGUUUUACAAGCGCUCCGCAGCUUUCGUCAUCCGGGCUGUGUCGAAGCACUCCGCUGAACUGGCGCAGGCCGUUGUGGACAGCGGCGCUCUCGAGGCUCUCACGACCUGUCUGGAGGAGUUCGACCCUCAAGUCAAGGAGUCAGCGGCAUGGGCAAUUGGAUACAUUGCUAGGCAUUCAGAGUCUCUGGCCCAGGCUGUCGUCGACUCGGGGGCUGUGCCCCUCCUGGUACUCUGCUUCCAGGAGCCAGAGCUUCCACUCAAAAGGAUCUCGGCGUCCGCUCUGAGUGACAUCGCCAAGCAUUCUCCCGAGCUGGCACAGGCUGCUUGCGACAUCGGAGCCGUGCCACUUCUAGCGAAGGAAAUCUCUCAUGCAGAUGCCGCUCUGAAGCGCCAGGUGUGUGCAUGCCUUGGGAAAAUUGCGACUCACUCGGUAGACCUGGCUGAGAUAGUUGUAGAGGCAGAAAUUUUUCCCAAAAUCCUUCAUUGCCUCCAGGACCCAGAUGAGGUUGUCAGGAAAAAUGCAGCGACUUGCAUUCGGGAGAUCGUCCGACACACCCAAGACCUUGCCAAGUUCGUUGUGAACGCUGGCGGUGUUGCGGCACUUGUUGAUAAUAUCACUGAUGCUCGGGGAAACAACAGGCUGCCUGGCAUCAUGGCCCUGGGUUAUAUUGCGGCGUUCUCGGAAACGCUUGCGCUGGCAAUCAUUGUUUCCAAGGGUAUUCCGCCUCUCAAGCACGCUUUGGUAGAGGAGCUGGAAGACCACCUGAAGGCCGCAGCCGCCUGGACUUUAGGUCAAAUCGGGCGUCACACUCCGGACCACGCCAUGGCAGUUGCCGAAGCUGACGUUCUUCGCAAGCUCUUGCAGAUACAUCUCGACCCCAAGGCCACCGAUGACCUGCAGACGAAGACAAAGAGAGCGCUAAAGAGCAUCCUACAGAAGUGUACACACCUAGCAGCCUUGGAGCCCCUCCUCAAUGAGGCCCCGCCACCCAUCCUCAAAUAUGUUGUCCAGCAGUUCGCCAAGGUUUUGCCUAACGACGUCCAGGGAAGGCGUUCGUUCGUACAAUCUGGAGGUUUGGAGCAGCUUCUGCGCAUCCGGAACUCUGAAGCCGGCAGUAGCGUAGCAGACUUCGUGGAGGAGAUCACGGAGCUUUAUCCCCCAGAAAUUGUCAAUUACUACUCUCCAGGCUACUCAGCAAUGCUGCUUCAGAAGCUGGACGAAAGUAUCGCAGCUCCUGCAGCUGUCUCCUAA